AUGCUGCGCAACACUCUGCGCCAGUGCGCCCGGAAGCUCCAGAGCUCGCCGCGAGCCAGCCUCCCGACGCUGUCCGCCUCGCCAUCGCGGACAGCCAUCCAGACAUGUCGCCGCCCGCUUGCGCUCUCGCAGCGACGGACUUAUGCCAUUGCGGCCGAGGACACCAACAAGGGCGUUGACGCCAACGACUCGUUCCUGCAGGGCAACACGGCCAACUAUGUCGACGAGAUGUACAUGCUGUGGAAGCGCGACCCCGAGAGCGUGCACGUCUCGUGGCAGGUCUACUUCCGCAACAUGGAGUCGGGCGACAUGCCCGUCUCCCAGGCCUUCCAGCCGCCGCCCACGCUCAUUGCGCCCCAUGGCGGCAUCGGGCCCGACUUCAAGCCCGGCAUGGGUAUGUCCUCUGCCGAGGGCUCCGACAUCAUGAACCAUCUGAAGGUGCAGCUGCUCGUGCGCGCAUACCAGGCCCGCGGACACCACAAGGCCCGCAUCGACCCGCUGGGCAUCCGCAUCGAGGCACAGCAGUUCGGAUACAGCAAGCCGCGCGAGCUUGAGCUCUCCCACUACAACUUCACCGAAAAGGACCUCGACCAGGAGAUUGAGCUGGGACCGGGUAUCCUGCCUCGCUUCAAGACCGAGCAGCGCAAGAAGAUGCCCCUCAGGGACAUCAUCGCAGCCUGCGAGCGCCUCUACUGCGGCUCGUACGGUGUCGAGUACAUCCACAUCCCCGACCGCCAACAGUGCGACUGGCUGCGUGAGCGCUUGGAAAUUCCUCAGCCUUUCAAAUACUCUGUUGACGAGAAGCGCCGCAUCCUCGACCGUCUGAUCUGGGGCACCAACUUUGAGGCUUUCUUGGCGACCAAGUACCCCAACGACAAGCGUUUCGGUCUCGAGGGCGGAGAAUCUCUGAUUCCUGGAAUGAAGGCACUCAUCGACCGCAGCGUCGACUAUGGCGUCAAGGACAUUGUGAUUGGUAUGCCGCAUCGUGGUCGUCUCAACGUGCUCUCCAACGUCGUCCGAAAGCCCAACGAGUCCAUCUUCAGCGAGUUUGCCGGAACUGCCGAGCCCAACGACGAGGGCUCCGGUGACGUCAAAUACCAUCUCGGCAUGAACUUCGAGCGCCCUACGCCCUCUGGCAAGCGCGUGCAGCUCUCUUUGGUCGCCAACCCUUCCCAUCUCGAAGCCGAGGACCCGGUCGUCCUAGGAAAGACCCGCGCCAUUCUUCACUACAACAACGAUGAGAAGGAGGCCCGCAGCGCCAUGGGAAUUCUUCUCCACGGUGACGCAGCCUUUGCUGGUCAGGGUAUCGUCUACGAAACCAUGGGCUUCCAUUCUCUCCCCAGCUACCACACCGGAGGAACCAUCCACAUCAUCGUGAACAACCAAAUCGGUUUCACUACGGACCCCCGUUUCUCUCGUUCCACACCAUACUGCUCGGAUAUUGCCAAGGCCAUUGAUGCCCCUGUGUUCCACGUGAACGGUGACGACGUUGAGGCUCUCAACUUUGUUUGCCAGCUUGCAGCUGACUUCCGCGCCGAAUUCAAGAAGGAUGUGGUUAUCGAUAUGGUUUGCUACCGAAAGUCUGGCCACAACGAGACUGACCAACCUUUCUUCACUCAGCCACUCAUGUACAAGAAGAUUGCGGAGCAAAAGCCAACCUUGGACAUCUACACCAACAAGCUGCUAGAAGAGAAGACUUUCACCAAGGAGGACAUUGAUGAGCACAAGGCAUGGGUCUGGGGUAUGCUUGAUGAGAGUUUCAACCGCAGCAAGGACUACCAACCGACCGCCAAGGAGUGGCUCACAUCUGCAUGGAAUGGUUUCAAGUCGCCCAAGGAGCUCGCAACUGAGGUCCUUCCCCAUCUUCCCACCGCAGUUGAGGCAUCAAAACUAGAGCACAUUGCUGAAAAGAUUGGAAGUGCGCCAGAAGACUUCACAGUUCACCGCAACCUUAAGCGUAUUUUGGCCGGACGUACUAAGACUGUCACCGAAGGCAAGAACAUCGACAUGGCAACCGCCGAGGCAUUGGCAUUCGGUACUCUCUGCCAGGAGGGCCAUCACGUCCGUGUGUCUGGACAGGACGUGGAGCGUGGAACCUUCUCCCAGCGUCAUGCUGUUCUUCACGACCAAGAAACCGAGAAGACAUACACGCCCUUGCAAAAUGUCAGCGAGGACCAGGCGACGUUUGUCAUCUCAAACUCGUCGUUGAGUGAAUACGGAGUGCUCGGUUUCGAGUACGGAUACUCUCUGUCAUCACCCAACGCUCUUGUUAUGUGGGAGGCCCAGUUUGGGGAGCGCUACUUGCAACUUGUCAAUGAAGACCCCCGCGUCUUCCCAUCCCCUGACAAGCUUGAUCGCCAGCACCAGGACUGCAACAUCCAGAUCGCGUACUGCACCAAGCCAUCCAACUACUUCCACUUGCUGCGUCGCCAGAUGAACCGUCAAUUCCGCAAGCCUCUUAUCCUCUUCUUCUCCAAGUCACUCUUGCGACACCCUCUGGCCCGGUCCAACAUUGAGGAGUUCACCGGUGAAUCUCACUUCCAGUGGAUCAUUGAGGACCCUGCCCAUUCGAGCGGCGAGAUCGGUUCGCACGAGGAGAUCAACCGUGUCAUUCUCUGCACAGGUCAAGUCUACGCAGCACUUGUCAAGGAGCGCGAGACUCGCGGACUGAAGGACGUCGCCAUCACCCGCAUUGAGCAACUCAACCCCUUCCCAUGGCAGCAACUCAAGGAGAAUCUCGACUCAUACCCCAACGCGCAGAACAUCAUCUGGUGUCAAGAAGAGCCUCUCAACGCCGGUGCGUGGAGCUUCACCCAGCCCAGAAUCGAGACUCUCUUGAACCAGACCGAGCACCACAACAGGAGGCACGUCAUGUACGCCGGACGCAACCCCAGCGCAUCCGUCGCCACCGGUCUCAAGAACUCGCACAAGAAAGAAGAAAAGGACCUGCUCGAGAUGGCGUUUUCCGUCAAGCAGGACAAGUUGAAGGGCGAGUAGACUUGAGUUGUUGAAGCUGCGUCUGAAAUAUUACGAGAUUCCCGUGUUCCAUUAUUUGCAUGUCUUGUCUUGUCUUGUCUUGUCUUGCCCUUCAUCAUUCUUCGCGGUCGGGACACAAGGGAACACACUGGAUAGGAAUCUUUUGCUGUACAUUUGCAUGGCCAGGAGUGUAUGUAUAGCGUCUGUAGUAUAGAAAUACUCUUUUCUCGUU